GUUGUUACGUCACCAACCGGAAGUUAAUUAUUGUCUCCGGAAGUAAAACGUUAUUCUGUUCAGGGUCAGUUUAUGUGAAAAUGAGUUCCAUUGGGACCGGAUACGACCUUUCAGCCUCCACCUUCUCUCCUGAUGGACGGGUGUUCCAGGUGGAGUAUGCCAUGAAGGCUGUAGAGAACAGCAGCACAGCCAUCGGGAUCCGCUGUAGGGAUGGGGUUGUGUUCGGGGUGGAGAAGCUGGUGCUGUCCAAACUGUAUGAGGAGGGCUCCAACAAACGCAUCUUCAAUAUCGACAGACAUGUUGGCAUGGCAGUAGCGGGUCUACUAGCUGAUGCUCGAUCCCUCUCUGAAGUUGCCAGGGAAGAGGCCUCAAACUUCAGAUCGAACUACGGACAUGACAUUCCUCUGAAGCACCUGUCGGAGAGAGUGGCCAUGUAUGUCCACGCCUACACACUGUACAGCGCUGUGAGGCCGUUUGGCUGCAGCUUCAUCCUGGGCUCGUACGACAAAGACGACGGUCCUCAGCUCUACAUGGUCGACCCGUCUGGCAUCUCUUACGGUUACUGGGGAUGUGCCAUCGGAAAAGCAAAACAAGCCGCCAAGACAGAGAUAGAAAAACUGCAGAUGAAGGAGAUGACCUGCAGAGAGUUGGUCAAAGAAGUGGCCAAAAUAAUCUACAUCGUUCAUGAUGAGGUGAAGGACAAAGCCUUCGAGCUGGAGCUCAGUUGGGUCGGAGAAAUCACAAAUGGACGACACGAGUUAGUUCCCAAAGACAUCAGAGAGGAAGCAGAGAAGUACGCCAAGGAUUCUCUGGAGGAGGAGGAUGACUCUGAUGAAGACAACAUGUAAACUCAGUGCUGACCCCUUCACAUCUCCAAAAUUCCCCUGGUUCUUUUUAUAUUGUUCAUGUUUGAUUUCUGGCUUUGAAAAUAAAAUCUGAGAAAAGUU